AUGAGCAAGCACAACGCAGUUGGAAUCGAUCUCGGAACUACCUACUCCUGCGUUGGAGUCUUCCAGCACGGAAAGGUAGAGAUUAUUGCCAACGACCAAGGAAACAGAACCACUCCAUCGUACGUCGCUUUCACCGACUCCGAGCGUCUGAUUGGAGAUGCCGCCAAGAAUCAGGUCGCCAUGAACCCACAUAACACCGUCUUCGAUGCCAAGCGUCUCAUCGGACGCAAGUUCGACGACCCAGCAGUCCAAUCGGACAUGAAGCAUUGGCCAUUCAAGGUCAUCUCCGCCGAAGGAGCCAAGCCAAAUGUCCAGGUCGAGUACAAAGGAGAGACCAAGAUCUUCACUCCUGAGGAGAUCUCUUCUAUGCUCCUCUUGAAGAUGAAGGAGACCGCUGAAGCCUUCCUAGGAAGCACCGUCAAGGACGCCGUUAUCACCGUCCCAGCCUACUUCGACGACUCGCAGCGUCAGGCCACCAAGGAUGCCGGAACCAUCUCUGGACUCAACGUCUUACAUAUUAUCAGCGAGCCUAUCGCAGCAGCCAUUGCCUACAAAAUCAAUAAUCAGAGACAUAGAAAGCGCAAUGUGAUUGUAUACGUAAUCAAUAGAGAUUAUGUCACCAGUUCUGUUGUAUCCAUUGAUGACGAAAUCUUCGAGGUGAAGUCUACUUGUUGCAAUCGAAACGUUGGUGGCAAAUCUUUCGAGAGCAGAAUUUUCAACUUUUGCCGAGAUACGAUCCUGAAUGAGAGUGAAGUGGAUAUCAGUAGUGAUCAGCGUGCUCAAAGACUAAUCACACUAGAGUGUGCGCGAUGUUGCAAAAGUUUAAUGAGUAUGCGGUCGUCAUCAAUAGAAAUCGAGUAUUUUUUCAAGGAUUACCGUUUUUUCAUGAAUUUGACAAGAGAGCAGUUCGAUGAGAUCUGCGCUGAUCUUUUCAGAAACAUCAUGUGCCCUGUGGUUAGGUCCCUCCGUGACGCCAAGAUGGACAAGAGCCAAGUAUACGACAUCAUUCUCGUCGGAGAGUUCGCUGGAUUCACGAAACUCAGACGGUCGCUUUCUGAUUUCUUUUCAGGAAAAAAGUUAUACCAGGGGCUUCCGGAGGAAGCAAUAACUGUCGGAGCAUCUAUUUAUGCAGCCACACUCUCCGGAGACAAAUCGGAGACAAUAUUUGUGAAAGAUAUGUCAAGAGAAGCUAAAGAUUGGAUUAUGUUGAGUGGUUAUGAAAAGCAGAGAGCGUUAGAUAUGCGUUAUGAACUCUCAAACACCUUAAAACAGCAGCGAUUGACUGAUAACGCAAGAAAGGACUUAAUGAGAAGAGUUUUAAAAUUCAAGACGGAGAUAAUAAAACUCAAGGACAAGAUCAGCCCAGAAGAUAAGAAAAAGGUGGAGAACAAAUGCGACGAGAUCUUGAAAUGGCUCGACACCAACCAAACCGCUGAGAAGAAAGAGUUCGAAAACCAACAAAAGGACUUGGAACAACUCGCCAACCCAAUCAUCUCCAAGCUUUACCAGAGUGCCGGAGGAGUCUCAAUUUCUCUCGGUAUUGAGACUGCCGGAGGUGUCAUGACUGCUCUCAUCAAGAGAAACACCACCAUCCCAACCAAGACCGCUCAAACCUUUACCAAGAACUCAACCAAAUCAGGAGUCUUGAUCCAGGUCUACGAAGGAUCACAACCAACGAUUUUCCCCUCAUUUUCUUUCGUUUCCAAGUCCACCGGAAAGCAGAACAAGAUCAUCAUCACUGACAACAACGGACGUCUUUCCGAGGAUGAUAUAGAGCGAAUAGGCAAUGAAGCCGAUAAAUUCAAGGCCGGCAUUGAAGCCCAAAAGGACCGCAUCGCAGCCAAGAGCGAACUCGAGUCAUAUGCCUUCAACCUCAAGCAGACUAUCGAAGACGAGAAGCUCAAGGACAAGAUCAGCCCAGAAGAUAAGAAGAAGGUUGAGGACAAAUGCGACGAGAUCCUCAAGUGGCUCGACAGCAACCAAACCGCCGAGAAGGAAGAGUUCGAACACCAACAAAAGGACUUGGAACAACUCGCCAACCCAAUCAUCUCCAAGCAGAGUGCCGGAGGAGCCCCACCAGGCGCUGGUGCCCCAGGAGCCGCCGGAGGAGCUGGAGGACAAACGUUCGAGGAGGUCGACUAA